UGACCACGGUCACCAACACUCGAAACAUUUCUUCUGAGGAGGCGUGUGCAAUCAUAGUCGGGUCUCCGUGCCUGACUUGGUUCGGGCUCUACUGGUGCUGUGUGGACUUUUGCGUGUCAAACAGACCCAUCAACUAUGCCAGCUGGAGGCCUUUCGUUGGCUUUUGUUCUGCGUUCCACUAUCCAAGACUCUUCUCCAGCGGCAUCCACGUUGCGCAGAGCCCGAUUGGAGUUGACCGACCCUUAUUCGCCAAACGACAUCUAUAAUGUUAGGCUCCGUGUCGCUGCAACCAAAGCCCGCAUCAAGAGGGCUAGUUGGACAAGCACAGGCCAUGAUGGUCGAUAUUCCAUAGUAACAGUGUUAGCACACCGCAUCUCCAGACUCCAAGGCCAGUUCCCCGACAAUGCCCAGCCCAGGGCCCCAGAAGAUGUCGAAAACCUUCUUUCGAAAGUUCCAAGCGAACUCCAAAAAGAGCCACCAGGGCCCUCCUUUCCUUCUCCUGCAGGCCCCGUGUGGGGAAAUAUAGCUGUGCCUGCAAGGGCAGAUGGCCGCGGCCUAGCUGUUAUCUCGUGCCUUUUUGGCUGCAGAGGGGCUCGCAUACAGGCGAUACUUUCCGCGCCAGAUAACGGAGGAGGGGAUUUCGUAAGGGUGCCGUGCAGGCGCGCAAAACAAAAUGCUCCGACAAAGCUCCAUGCUGCGAAUGAUUACCACGACCACGGAGAAGACGCCGGAGUAAUAUGCAGCUGUUCUGCUCGUCUCCUUUCUUUUGGACCCUCCGUAGGCCGCAUCUUCCGAGGCCCCACAAACUUCGGUCCCUAGGGUGUCCAGUGGUCCACGUCCCAAAGUCAGACAUUUCGGGAUCCUGUUGUAAUCAUCUCCCCUGCGGAGCGUUGGCACACGAAGGCAAUGUCCAGCGGAGGUUAUCUGUUGCAGUUUGUAAACUUGACUCUCCAACUCCCGGGCGUACUCGUGAAGUCGAGUUCGGCAACGGAACGAACACCAUAGCAAGGUUAAGCCCGUCGGCGGGAGCGUCCUCCCACUUUCGCACUGGGCAGACGGCGAUCCCCAUCAUUUUAGUAUCAGGUUUCUGGAAAUCCCGGGCACGUACUGCGUAAAGUGUGAGCCUGUUCGUUAUCGGAAUCCGCGUCCCUCGGAAUCUCAGCAACAACUCUGGCUUCCCACUGUCAGAUCGGUUCGUGGGGC